AGGAAUUAUGGAACGAGGGCCUAGGCCCCACUAGAGACACCUUUUAGUGUCAGGACCCCUGGAAACAGCCCUCCAUCUGGCAGAGGAACAUGGGGUGCUGGCAUUUCUCUAGCUGCUCUCCAGAGACAGGAGGACCUCCCUGGGACCUAUAGGCCCAGGCUUUGACCCUGGGGACACCCAACCCAAUCUGCCCCAGGGCUGACAAGUCAGGGGACAGCAAAUUUUUAACUAGACACAUUGAUCAUUAACAAGGGUAGCAAGGAGUCCAAACUCAGCCUCCCCUAAGGACAGAGGCUAGCUGGACCUCAGGCCCCCUGUGGAGAUGCUGGGUCCCCGAGUCUUGUCCUCUGUGAGGCAGGGGCUGAGCAGGGGCUUGUCCAGGAAUGUGGGGGGCCGAACAUCAGGGGAGGGGAGGAAGGUGGAUAUUGCGGGCAUCUACCCCCCUGUGACCACCCCCUUCACUGCCACGGCAGAGGUGGACUAUGGGAAACUGGAGGAGAAUCUGCACAAACUGAGCGCCUUCCCCUUCAGAGGCUUUGUGGUCCAGGGCUCCAACGGCGAAUUCCCUUUCCUGACCAGCAGUGAGCGCCUGGAGGUGGUGAGCCGCGUGCGCCAGGCCAUGCCCAAGGACAAGCUCCUGUUAGCUGGCUCUGGCUGCGAGUCUACUCAAGCCACGGUAGAGAUGACCGUGAGCAUGGCCCAGGUUGGGGCUGACGCCGCCAUGGUGGUGACCCCUUGCUACUAUCGCGGCCGCAUGAACAGCGCUGCCCUCAUUCACCACUAUACCAAGGUCGCUGACCUCUCUCCAAUUCCUGUGGUGCUAUACAGUGUUCCAGCCAACACGGGGCUGGACCUGCCUGUGGACACGGUUGUCACGCUUUCCCAGCACCCAAAUAUCAUCGGCAUCAAGGACAGCGGUGGUGAUGUGACCAGAAUCGGGCUGAUGAUUCACAAGACCAGGAGGCAGGACUUCCAGGUGUUGGCUGGAUCGGCUGGCUUCCUGCUGGCCAGCUAUGCCAUGGGAGGUGUGGGGGGCGUGUGUGCCCUGGCCAAUGUCCUGGGGGCUCAGGUGUGCCAGCUGGAGCGACUCUGCCUCACAGGACAAUGGGAAGAUGCCCAGAAGCUACAGCACCGCCUCAUUGAGCCAAACACUGCGGUGACCCGGCGCUUCGGGAUCCCAGGGCUGAAGAAAAGCAUGGACUGGUUUGGCUACUACGGAGGCCCUUGCCGGGCCCCCUUGCAGGAGCUGAGCCCUGAUGAAGAGGAGGCGUUGCACAUGGAUUUCAUCAACAAUGGCUGGCUCUGAGGGCAAGGAUGGGACAGGCAGGCGCCCAUCCUUGAUUUGUACCUGCAGCCCGAAGAGGAGCAUGGGGACCCAAGGGUUCGAGGCUCCUUUCCCUCCUGCAGUCCUCUAGGCACCUCUUACCAGCUUCCAGGCAGGCUCAUUCCAUAUUCUCACAGCCCCAAGACUUCUUGAGUUUGUUCCCUAAAUUCUGAGUCUCUAGAGACCUCAGUCCAGGCAGGAGCAACUGUUUACUUGCUUCUUUACUGUGGAUUCCCAUGGCCCAAGACACAUGAGCUGGGAGCAAGAGUGGAAGGGCAGGGGCAGCUGGGCACAGGAGGGCUACCUGUUUGAAGAGAGGACCACUUAGACUUGGGGGUACAAACCUGACUCUAGCACAAUGCAGGGGGAAGCCAGGCCUAUUCUAAGAACCCAAGCUCUGACUCUUUCCAGGGGAUGUGAUCAGAAAAAUGUCACUUGUCUUUGAAAGGCAGGCCACCCCCCCGCACCCCCUGCCAAGAUGCAUUCCAGCCACAGUGCCCUUUUCUAAAUCCAUUUCGAUUCAUUUCAUAUUCUUGUCUCUGGCUUUGAUCUCAACCGUCAAGUGCACAGAGACAACCCAGAAUUGGUAAAUCACGACACCUAGUGGAUAAAUGUUACAUUCUAGAAGACUGUUGUCAACCCAGGUCUGAAGCAUUAGGGAAGGGGCUUGGCCUGAGACAGGACCAUCCUUUUGCCUAUGAGCACCCUGCUUUUAUUGGUAAAAAUACUUUGUUAUUGCAAUAAAGUUUAAUAAGCUA